GCCGGAAGGGCGCCUCGGCUCUUCCGGAAGUCGUUGCCGGCCGUCCUCGCGCUCCUCAGCCGCCGCCGCCGCCGCCGCCAUGGGGAAGCCGCGCUUCCAGGGCCGCCGCGCCAGCCUCAACCCAUCGCGCGCCAGCACCAACCCGGAUCGCCCAGCCGGCGCCGGAGGCCACAACAUGCGGGACCGCGCCACCGUCCGGCGCCUCAAUAUGUAUCGACAGCGGGAGCGCCGGAACAAUCGUGGGAAACUGGUCCGACCGCUCGAGUUCCAGUCCACAGUGGCACCAGGCACCAUAGCCCGUGUGGAGCCCAACAUUAAAUGGUUUGGAAACACACGUGUGAUCAAACAGUCCUUUCUCCAGAGAUUCCAGGAGGAGAUGAAGAUGGUGAUGAAGGAUCCUUAUCGAGUGGUCAUGAAACAAAGCAAGUUGCCCCUCUCUCUGCUCCAUGACCGGAUUAAACCUCAUAAUUCCAAAGUCCACAUUCUUGAUACAGAAACCUUUGGAACAACCUUUGGUCCAAAAUCACAGCGGAAACGACCAAAUCUCCUGGCAAGUGAUAUGCAGUCUCUGGUGGAAAAUGCCAUAGCUGAGGCCAGCAACUACAGCCAAGACAAAGACCGGGAUCUGGUGACAGAGGAAACUGGAGUCAGGGUGGAGGUGCAAGAAGAAAUCUACAAAAAAGGACAGUCUAAGCGGAUCUGGGGAGAACUUUACAAGGUGAUAGAUUCAUCAGAUGUCAUUGUGCAAGUGUUGGAUGCCAGAGAUCCCAUGGGGACCCGUUCCCCUCACGUGGAGGCCUACCUAAAGAAGGAGAAGCCUUGGAAGCAUCUCAUUUUUGUCUUGAACAAAUGUGAUCUUGUGCCCACAUGGGUGACGAGGCGCUGGGUGGCAGUGCUGUCUCAGGAGUAUCCGACCUUGGCUUUUCAUGCCAGCCUCACAAACCCUUUUGGAAAAGGCGCCUUCAUUCAGCUCUUGCGGCAGUUUGGAAAGCUGCAUGUAGAUAAGAAGCAGAUCAGCGUGGGCUUCAUUGGAUACCCUAAUGUGGGGAAGAGCUCUGUAAUCAACACACUCCGCUCCAAGAAAGUCUGCAGCGUGGCUCCCAUUGCUGGUGAAACCAAGGUAUGGCAGUACAUCACUUUAAUGCGCCGUAUCUUCCUUAUUGACUGCCCAGGUGUGGUGUACCCCUCAGGAGACUCGGAAACAGAUAUUGUACUGAAAGGAGUUGUUCAGGUAGAAAAAAUCAAGAGUCCGGAAGACCACAUUGCUACAGUGCUGGAUAGAGCCAAGCCGGAAUACAUCAGGAAGACAUAUAAAAUAGAGUCCUGGGGAAAUGCAGAGGAUUUUCUGAAGAAGUUAGCAUUCCAGACUGGGAAGUUACUAAAGGGAGGAGAGCCUGAUCUACAUACGGUCAGUCGGAUGGUGCUGAAUGACUGGCAGAGAGGCCGCAUCCCGUUCUUUGUGAAGCCUCCAAAUGUUGAACAAGAUUCUCAGCCCACAGAAGCUGCCUCAGAUGUGACUAUAGGCUUGAGUCACAGUGAGAACCCAGGGAUGAAAGAACAAUGUGAAGGACAAGCUGGGAGUAAUGAGUGCUCCAAUGUGACACCAAAAUGGCCUUUGCCUCAAGUACCACAGAACUAUGAGAAGAUCACGGUGACCUCUCAAUUCUUGGAAGAGGAUCUGGCUCCUGUGAAUAUACUGGCUGUCAGUGAAACAGACAGUGGUACAGAGGAGGAAGAGGAGGAGGAGAGUUCCCCACAUGGGAGGCCAACUUGUGAGGCUAACACCAGAGAAGUUCCAAAGGUAGUACUUAGGUGCCUGGAUGAGAAGAUUGCCAAGUACAAGAGAUUCUUGGAGAAGGCAAAGGCCAGGAGAUUCUCAGCAAUAAGAAUCCCUAAGGGGCUGAAUGAAAAAAUAUUUGCAAAAUCAGAGUUGGAUUCAGUGGCUGUUGAAACUCAGAAGACUAGAGAAAGAGCUUUGUCUCUUACUACUUUUAGGAAAACUGGGAGAAAGAAAGAAAAGGAAGAUUUCAGAGGGAGAGGAACAGCAGAGUUCCAGCGUCUUCAAGAAACUGAAUUCAAAGGAGAAGAGAAGAGCCGAGCGGAAGCAGCACUCAAAGAAAGUUGGUGUUCGAUAUUAUGAUACUCAUAAUGUCAAAAAUAGAAACAGGAACAAGAGGAAAAUCGACACUGAAGCCCAGAGGUUUAUAACCCAAGAUAAAUAUACAUCUUGAAAUUGUUAUCUUUAUAAAUCCACAUAGUAAACAUUUACAACAUGAAAACUA